AGUCACAUUAAAUCGAUUUAGGCUGGAGAUCACUCUGAGGAACUUUCAUUUUCAAAGGACAUCCCCAAGGGAAAGACAGCAACAUGGGCUCCAUUGGAGACAUUACUAAGAUUGACACCAGUGGUGCCUCAGAGAGAACAGCUAGACAAGACAAGCUUGCUGUCCAAGGAGUGGAUGCAUCUCACAAUCUGGCUAGAAUUGACUCAAUGAGAAUGAAACAGUAUAAGGACCUCAUCACCAGGGUGGGGCUGAAGCAUGGCCUGGACCCAGCUAUCAUUGCUGGCAUCAUCUCUAGAGAGUCCCGGGCGGGGGCUGCAUUGGAUCGUGGCUGGGGAGACAAGGGGAAUGGCUUUGGGCUUAUGCAGGUUGACAAGCGUUUCCACAAGAUAGUAGGGGCGUGGGACAGUGAAGAACAUGUCAGUCAAGGCACUGGGAUUCUUAUUGAGUUCAUACAUAGGAUCCAGGCGAAAUUCCCUUCAUGGCCCAAGGAGCACCAACUGAAAGGGGGUAUUUCAGCCUAUAAUGCUGGGGACAAAAAUGUGCGCACCUAUGAGCACAUGGACGUGGGGACCACUGGAGACGAUUACUCCAAUGACGUCGUCGCCAGAGCCCAGUGGUUCAAAAGCCAGGGUUAUUGAAAUCUUAAAUAAAUACUUAAGAAUGUUUCCAGCAGUUUGUGAGUUAGUCUUAUUUUAUAAUGUCUUCUUAACAUUGAUUUUUCUCAUAACUGCUUUAAAAAUAUAUAUAUGUAUUUGUUUUGCUAAUUGCAACGAGUUAUGUGUUUGUUUUUGUUGAAUGCACAAACUGUUAAUUGCUUUUGAUAAUAUAGUAUACACUAAAUUGCCUAAAUAUAAUGAAUGUAAACGUUGUCUAGUUUUUGAAUAUAAACAUCCAUUUUUGUUUACUUCGAAGAUUAUUAAA